UUUUUAAUUCUACCCCCACCUGGCAUCUCAAAAAUGGUAUUAUUGUUGUUGCCUCUGUUGCAAAAACUAGCACUACCUAACUGUUAAAAUUCAUGGCAUAUAUUAUAAUUGUGGGGAAUGUUUUUCUCUUGCUGUGUAGAAUUUUAAAUGUAUAUUUAAGGGAUGUGCAUGCAGCGGUUGAGGGGUUUAAACUCUGAUUCUCAACAUCCCAAGUGUGACAAAUAUUUAAAGACAGACACCCUCAGUGCAAACAAGGCAGACUGCGGUAUUUUCUUAACAGCACUUCUUGCUUUGAGGUCCACUUCCUGCUUUGAGGUGAAGAACAAUGAAUACAGUGAGGCUGUCCACAAAGUCUCACAAGAGACUGAAGGAAACAGGCAGGACUACAAUAUGAAUCAGCUUUGGUGUGUUUGUAACUGAAAAGACCAUGAGGACGAGUUUGGCAUGCAUUGUUAUUUUCACUCAGCUCUUUGACGCCUGUGCAGAGUUGAUCUUCAGGCAGCUGACGGAGAACCAGUCACUGGAGCUCACCUGUUCCCCUCAGCAGGAGCUCAGCAGCCUGACGGGCCUCCACCUGUACCACCGCAACGCCAAGAGCCAGACAACCCUGCUGUCCAUGGCUAAGGGGGGCAAACUCCGGGUCAACCCAGAGCACAGCGGGCGUCUGCAGCUCUAUGGAGGUCUGGACUCCCUGCGGGUCAACGUGACCAUGUCCCAUUUACGGCACAGCGACACGGGGCUCUACAUGUGGGAGCUGAGCUACAGAGAGAACAGCUCUGAUCAGAUCAUCCUCAGCGCUCAAAAGGUUUUCUUGUUGGUUGAAGGGACAGGGAGGCCAUGCCACUGCUCUCCCAGUUACUCCCCUCUGCUCCUGACCAUUUUCACAGCAGCAGGGCUUCUUCUGCUCACACUCAGCUGGCUGGCCACAGAGAGAUGUGUGAAGGUGAGGCAUCAUCACAGACCACAACCUCCUGCUCCUAUCUAUGAGGAAAUGACAAGGAAGCAGCAAAGCGCCGGAAUUCCCCAAAAUAACCGAGAGACCCCCUCACACCUGGAGGAAGUCAACUUCCCCAUUUACGCUAACCCCAACAUCCGACAACCACAGGACAACUAUUACGCCUGUCCCACACAGCUCGCCCUCAGAGCCUGACGUGACUUCUGGCACCGCUCUAAUGGCGCGGCAAACAUUUACAGGAAAUUACACCAGCUCAACCGCAGAAAUAUGAUACGAGAGUGAAAGGUGACUUCUCAUCAAGGAAAUAAAAAGAUCUCCAUUUGGUGGAGCGGAGUGAGGCAGAGAGAAAAACACCAAGUGGGAACCCUUUUUAACAGCCAAGAAAAAAAUGCUAUUUUAUUAAUAUUUGAAAGAAGCUCCAUAGUUCAUGAAAACAUUUGUUUCGGUGCAUGUCAUUUAACAAUCACAUUCUAUGAGGAGAAAGAGAUAUACAGAGAGAAAAAAAUAAAACAUUACAAGCCACUGACUUUUCAUUAAAUCUCAGUACAGACAUUUUUACUUAAUAUUUCAAAAACAAAAAAAAAGGCAAAAGAAAGAAAAAAAAGCAGCCCUAAUCCCAUAACCCCCACCCCGCCCACAGAAAAAAAAAAAAAAAAAAAAAGAGAAAAAGACCCUUGAGGGUGACAGGCUAGAAUCCCACAGUGCUAAAGAGUGAGACGCUCAUUGGUUUUAGGAAUACACAGCAUGGCGAAGGAAGCUGGAGGCGGAGGGCUCACCUCUCCACCCUCCCUCACCCCCUUAAAAAUAAAAACAAAAACACAUUGGAUCCCAAAAACCCCUGCAAUAAGUCAGCCACUUAGAAGUAGGCCAUAAAAUCCCCGUCUUCCACCCCCUCCCCCCAAACACUUGUGCAUAGUUUCAUGAUCCUUUACAACCAGCUCAUGUUUUACAAACAUCCUCCAAAAUGUGAAAAAUGUUCCACAAAAGUCUGAUUCAUCUAUUAAUAAUACCCGCUGUGGGAGAAUGAGAGAGAAAGAGGAAAGAAAGAGUAAUGCACAAUGUUCCUGAUUCAGUCAGGACGGGACCUCAUUAAGAAAACACAAUAAAGAUUUCAACAUACAGCAUUUUGCAUGUUAUUCACUGUCUUUCUUUUUUUAACAAUCAAAAUCAUUGACCUUUUUUCGUUUUUAAAUGUAAAGCAAUUUUAAUAUAUAGAUUUAUAUAUAAAGCACUCCAUUUUCAUUUAAAGUCCAUUAUUUGGUUAUUAUGUAACUGCUACGGAUUUAGAAACAAAAGGUAUUUUCUCUUCUUCUGAAAUCCAUAACUUUCAGUGCUUAGAAUUGUUUCUUUUAAAUCAUCCUUUUUUUUUCUUUUUUCUUUUUUUUUUUUUUUUACUCAUCAUAAAAAUGUACAUUAAAAUGGCGUGGAGUUGGUACUCUGGAACCCUGGCCUUCCUGAGACAAGAUCCACUUUUUCGUGUGUGUGCAAGAUAGUGAGCAAUUAUGUCUUUUUUUUCUUUUCUUUUUUUUCUUUUUUUUUUUUAUAAAGGAAAAAUAUAUAUGAUCAACAUAAAACAUACAGGCUUCAGAUAGUCCAUGAAAUUAACACAGAACAAAGAAGGUUAAACAGAACAAGACAACACUGUUCAAUCCCAGAGUUCUUAAAGUAGCACAAGAAAUCUUCAUUCUUUGAAGUGUUGCACUUUUUCUGAAAAAUGGAAGCAUUUGUCCUUUUUUCUUUUUUUUUCUUUUCAACAUUCCCAUAGUUUAAUUCCUUUGUGUUGCUGAUUUUUUUUUUUUUCGAACUCCAGAAAAAAACAAAGUGUUUGUAAACCGUCAGUGGCCUUGCAGGAAAACAAAUGACAACAUGAGUGAAUCGAACAUAAGUGAAAACAGAACGAAAGCUAACAAACCAAAAAGGUAGGCACCUCUGAAGUGAGCCCUAGAAGCCAAGGCUCAGUCUGAUGUCUUGUCCUUCACUCUCUCUGUUGCUCAGAUUUGGGAGAGCUGAAGUCCUUCUACCCCAAUCUAUGGCCACAGGUCUGCAAAAUACUUUUUUUGCUGCAUUUUUUAUACAUAUGUGAUUUUUUUUCAGUUUUCUUGUUUUUUUUUCAGGUUUAUAGUCCGAAAAAUGGUGCAAUACUCAAUUAUGAUCCAUACUUUCUUGGAUUAUUCCACAAUGAAAGCCACUAAGGUAGAUAAACAUUACAUUUUAAAAACACACUUAUUUUUAGUCCUUGAGUAAACAUUUACACAUGAACUGUCCCCGUCUCCCCUCAGUACUUGUAUCAUGUUGUUCGUUUAGCUGGAUGAGGGGUGAGGCCGACACUCAGUGCAACGCUAGAGGCUAGUAACAAUUAACAUCAGAAUAUAUUUUUGACAAGCCAAAAAAAAAAAAAAAAAAAAUUAAACAAAUAAACAACAAAAGUAUACUGAAUCGAAAAAGAAAACACGAGGCGGAAAUUCCUCCGCUGUAAUCACGAGCUCUCAUAUUUUCACCUCACGCACUAAAACAUUCAUUCAAACAACAUACAGUACAAGCAGCCUUGUGCAAACACUCAAAUACAACAGAUGUAAAUUUGCCUUUAUAUCGAUCUUUGUUUUCAACAUUUCAAAUUUGAUUCACUCUGAACCGAUGCUAUCAAAAAUCUCUGAAGUGUAUGAAUGAGACAAAAAACCACUACAAAAAGUGUUCACAUUACAUUAUUGGCGCUUCUUUUGAUUCAAGUAUUUGUUUUCAUUAUUUUGUAUUACUCUGAUAUGUUUAUGAUCUUGUCUUCUGGGAAAUAUAAUGUCGAGGAGGAUACACAGGGUAAGGGCCAAAGCCAGGGCGGGGUUUAGGGGGGCUUAGGCGAAGUGGAAAACAGAGAGAUCUAGUCAUACACA